AGUGGCUAAACUGAUCUCUGAAACAAAUACCUUGUUUACAAUAAAAUGUUUUGGUUUGCUAAAGAUGAGUGGAGAUGAUAAGCAUGGAUCAAAAGAGGUUUGGCAGCCAGGCAAGAAUUCAAGGACCUCAAGCUAACAUUGCAUACAUAAAUUUUACCCAGUAGCAUUAGCUCAGUAAUUAUUGAUACGCUUUAGCUAUAAUAAUUUAUGAAUGAAGGCAAUUUACUUAUCAGAAAUAAACUACUGUAAAGGACUAUUUUGUUAUCGAUUCUUUGUGGAGUUUAUCGGAAGUUAAGUUUAGUCCAAAGAAGCUGUUUGUUUAUGUUGUUGCUACUAAAACCGUGUCCGAAUUUGUCAGUGUCAAUUCUGUUACUGUCAAACUCUGUUACCAACGUAGAGUAUUAUAAACAUGUACAAUUUAAUAAAAAUGCUGUUGUUGUUUUUAGUUUUAAUUCGAUGUUGGAGUUUACUUUUAAACCAUGGUUAGGUUUCCCCUCGGGUUUAAUGUCACGACCACAUCCCAUGCGCUACCUGAUGCAUGAAGAUGUAAGAUCGCAACUGUAUCUAUCUUCUCUGCUUCUACAGUGAACUGAAAGUAUGCUGUGGUAUGAUUGUGAGAUGUCAGAUCUCUGUUGUGUCUUUGACUAUAAUGUGUCUCGUGACCUGUUUUCAAAGUUUUUCUAAAUACUUGCUUGUUGCUUCAAAGUGAUUCUCAUCCUCCAACCUAAAAAGUGUGCCUUUUUUUGGAAAAUAAUUCAUUGCAGAAACUAUAGGUUAUGUUCAACUAAACAUAACAUGGUGGACUUUGAUCUUUGACAGGAAGACAACACAAGACUAAAAAAGGUUUUUGAGAAGCUAUCAUGGUCUUGGGGGCCGGUAUAAUUUCUAAAACCUCGUAGACAUGACCACACAGGAACCUGCCUAGAUAAUCAGACUUCAAGAUUAAACCACCAUGAAUGCAUGAGAACAUUUCUUUCGUGCAUUCUUAUGUAAAGGCUCAAGAGUUACUGUAAGGAGUUUGUUGUUUACAGAGCACUUUGUUUUUGGCAUGGCUCGGCUGUGCAGUGGAGUCUUUUUACUGCUAGUAACGGCCUCGAUUGGGAGUGCACUUGACUGGAACCUUUUACAAGUCCAUCUGAAACCGGCAGCAAACAUUACAGUUUGUGAAGGGGAUUCGAUUCAAAUUAACUGCACUUGGAAUGAAAUGCAAGGGAAAGUGAGCUGGCACUUUAACUCAACCUAUAAAAACUGUGAGUCAAAGAAGAUAGGCGAAAACUCACCCUUCUUUGUUCAACAAAAUAACAGCACUUUGUCAACGUUUGAAAACUCUUCCGUAAAGAUCACUGACAGCGGAUGGUACUUUUGCAAAGUCACCUUUGAUAUUCCUGUUCUCAGAACUAAAUGCAGUGAUGGACUUUAUAUUCUGGUUGAACCAAACAGCACCCAGGAUCCAACUCAGACACCAACUCAAAACCAAACUACCACAAAUUCACCAACAGUUUGUUCCCCAAGAGAUGAACCGACCAAGCCAACAAUUGAAAAUUGGUGGAUAUGGAUAUGGGUAGCGGUUGCUGUUGGAUGCGUAGUACUAAUUAUAAUAGUUGUUGCCAUAUGCCUGUUAUCAUGCAAAACCAAAGAGGCCAUUUAUGAAAAUACAGCACUGCAGAAAUCCAGCUGUUGGCGACAGGAUCGGAGUCGGAAGGACGCAUGCAACGUGCCACCGUCCAAAAAAGUCGAAACCAUUAAACCUCUGAGGAAAUAUGACACACUUUCUGAAAACAGAUACCACAGACCUUAAGUUAGGGCUAUUUAGCGCUGAUCCUGGAGAGUCGAUGUCCUUUAGAGUUUAGUUUCAAUCCUUAUCAAAGUCAUUUUUAAAGCAAUUCUAAAUACGAUGUAGCUUGUUAUGUAUUUUUUAUGUGUGAUAUUUGAGAUAUUUCAUAUUUGGAUUAGGGUUAGAACUAAAAUCUGCACUGGCCUUCCAAAACCGGAGUUGACGCCAUAUUGGUGCCAUAAUUUAUUCAAUACAUUUUUUAUCCUCUUUAUCGAUUUAAUGGUGUAAUUGAGAGUUUUCCACUACAUGGAAAGCUGCCCUUAUGAAAAUUAACCAUGUUUUUUUGGUGUAUUAAUUACUAUGAGGAAAACCAUGGUUUUACUACACUAACCAUGAUUUAACUAUGGUUUUUGAAAACCAUGGUUGCCAAAACCAUGGUUAUUUUGUGGUUAACAUGGUUUUACUACAGUAACCAUGUUUUUUGUUGUUUUUUACUGUAAUAAAACCAUGGUUAAUUUUCGUAAGGGUGUAUAUACAUAUUUUGUUUAUUUUUUAAUGUACACAUGUAUUUUUUGUGUUUUUUAUGUUAAAUACUUUUCUCUCCUAGCUUUACGCAAUUGUGAAUAUCUGAAGAUGCUUCCUGAAAAAUAUUAUUUUAAAACAUUCAAAACAUUGCUCUGUUUACUUGAGUAUCAUGUACGGUCAACCAAUGGUGUGAGUUUGGGGUGGGGCCUUUCUGUUUAACCAAUUAAAUAAUAAUGGAAGUGUUUGGGAAACAUUCUCAUAAUUCAAGUUCAGUAUUAUUCACAUGUACAGAAAACUAGUGGAAUUUAUUUUUGUAUACCGCUUUCAUAUCAUACUGAAACAUCUUGUGGUUACAAAUAAAUAUGAGA